GCAUGGGGGGCGAUGGGUGGCACUGCGGCUGAGGGGGGGCUGCGGAGGCGGAUGCCGUUGCGGCGGUACCGUGGUGGACCUCCUGUGGGCGCAGGAGCGCUGUCCACCCGGGCCAUGCGCUACUACCGCCUCUGGAUCUACACGUGCAACACGGCGCUGCUGGCUGGAUCAAUUGCCUUUUGUGGAGCUGCGGCAAGGACAUUAAUUUUCGAUUACCGCCGCUUCCUGAUACCAUCGCUUACGCUAUACCAGCCGUCGUUUUUGUACGCUUACCUAGCCCUCGCUACGCAAGGAGGAGCGCUUCAGAUACUGGGAUGUGUUGGUGCCGUUCGACUAUCGGAACGCAUGCUAAAUGCGUAUUGGUUACUGUUAUUGGUGCUAUUGUUCGGUGACGUUGUACUUGGCGCGUUUUGGGCAUUUCGAUUCGAUAGAGUUUGCCAAGAGCUGAGACCAGGGUUGCGGAUCAAGUUGUUGCAAGAGUAUGGCGCGGGGGGUGACCUAACUAUACUAUGGGACCGUUUGCAAAGAGAAAGCGAAUGUUGUGGACUUACCGGUCCAGGGGACUAUAAUAAUCGGAGUGGAUAUCAGUUAGAAAUGCCGCCGAGUUGUUGCGCGGAACCAUCUCGGAAUGUUAACGAAACCAGGUGUGUACGGCCGCACGCCAGUGGAUGUGAUGAACGGCUACUAACAUAUUUGCGGGAUACCGCUUCGUUGCUAGCUAUUUUAGGUGAGCCAUAUUUAUUAGCAGUAGGUAAAAGAGAAUGGAGCUUAUUGCUACUGAGACACUGGAGUGAUAAAAAAUAUACCAACCUGAACGCAAACGUGAACCCAAACGUGAACGCAAUCUCGAACGCGAACGUGAACGCGAACUCAAACCUGAUGAUUCAAGUUCAAAGUUCAGCGUUUCAGGGUCCAGCAUCCAAGAUUAUGGUUCCACCAUCCAGUAUGGUGGAUCCAGCAUACGAGAUGGAUGCAGCAACCAAGUUCGCGGGUACAGCAUCCUAA